AUGACACCUGUGAGCUACGGGCUGGAGCCAGUGCGCCAGCGCGGCCCCCUUCUAAGCAGCUUCAAGGUAGCCAGACAGGCGACGGCACCUCCCACAACUUUCCUUUCCUGGUCUACAUGUGAGCAAACGUACAGUACAUGCGGCAUGAUGCGCCGUUUCAAUUUGGUUUUGCUGGCGACCGUCCAGCUGUGCGGGGCCCGUCAGCCUGGCUUCAGCGUCCACGAUGACCUCGUGGCAUAUCCGCAGUACGAGGUUGUAUUCUCAGAUGCAUUCAUAUCAGAACACGAAGCGCAGGCUCUCAUUGACCGCACGAAUUCGCAUCCCACCUACUCCGCCGACUUCUCGACAACCUCCGACGUGUCCCAGAAUGUCCGCGAAGCCGCUGACGUCGACAAUGACUCUGCGCCCGAGGUUUUUGAGCGAUACGAGGUCAUGAACAUGAGCCCUACGAAAUACCUUUGCUCAAUACCCAUCGUGGAACCGCAGACGCCCGAGAACCAAACUGCCACGGAGCUGGCGAAGCAACAAGAGGCGCGGGAGCUGGCCAAGGCAUCUGCGCACGGUUGGGAGCUGUUGAACGAUCUUGACGGUAGCUGUCUGUACUUCAUGUCCGGAUGGUGGAGCUAUAGCUUCUGCUAUAACCGUGAGGUUGUCCAAUUCCAUGCGCUCCCUACGGUUCCGAAUGGGCAGCCGCCUGUCCGCGACCCUCAUACUGCCGAGUACGUCCUCGGAAGAGCGAAUAAAUCGCCGACCCAACAUCAGCAGCAGCAACAAACGACAAAAUCCGGAGAACCUCCUGCGAAUACCGACUUGCAGAGCAAGGGUGACCAGCGGUUCCUUGUUCAGAGGCUGGAUGGUGGAACCAUCUGCGAUCUUACAGGUCGCGAGCGGACGAUCGACGUACAGUAUCACUGUGUCCCAGGAAUGAAAGGGGACCGAAUUGGCUGGAUCAAAGAAGUCACAACGUGCGCUUAUCUCAUGGUCAUCAACACACCGCGUCUCUGCGAAGACGUUGCUUUCCUCCCUCCAAAGGCUUCGAACGCUAACCCCAUCAACUGCUUACGCAUCCUGUCGUCGGACGACCCAGUGUCAAUGGCUGAUUUUCAACGUCAAAAGACAUUGGAGGCGCAAUUGGCGAUGGCAGCACACAGUAAUGACCCGAUUGCCAAGGCCGAGGAGCAGGAAGACCUGCAGAAGCAGGACCCGAAUGUGAGAGACAGGGCACAGAAGGGUGUGAACGUGGGCGGCGUCAUUGUCGGCGCGAGAAAUGUGCUGGCUGAUGCAGAUGAGGAGGGAAAGCCACCUGCUAAGCUUGCACCACCACGGAGCUACCUCCCCGGACGGGGCCAUGGCCCGUUAGUAGAAGUUAUUGCUAGUGGCAAGAGCAAAGCUGACGGUGGCGGGACGAAAGUUCUUGGCAAAGAGGAGCUAGAGAAGAGAGACUUGAGCCCUGAGCUCGUGGAAGAGAUGCGGGCUGAGCUGGAGCGGAUUGCUGGCGACAAGGGUUGGAAGCUUGAGGUUAUCGAACAGCCGGGCGAUCCCAGAGAGCUCCGUGGCAUCGUCGAUCAGUCGGCCGGGGAGAAGGGUGAAGGCGCCAGCGAGGAUGGAAAGGGGGCCAAGGAAGAUGAUCAUCAGGAGGGCAGUGAGGAACAGUUCUUCAAGGAAGAGAUCUGA